CAGCAUGCAGUAUACGCAUUGCCUUGCAAGCGUUUGCUCCUAAAACACCCACCCAACCGCACUAGUUACCGCCGUUGGGGUUUCCUAAAAUUUUUGGGAAGAAGCUUUGGUAAUCCCUCCUAUGGCAAACUUGGUCUGAUCAACACCCUCACCAACGCGCAGCACACCCAAUCGUCCUCAAGGAGCUGCUUCAGCGCGCCAAUAGACUGAUUCGCCACAAAUUCUGUGCACCAGCUCAAGCAAAGUGGUCCCCUGAAAGAGAUAUAACCGAAAUGGCCAGCGACGCCUUCACGUACAUCGAGGGCCUUCACAUUGCCAAGUGUUUUCCCGAAGACGCUGUCCGAUCAACCAUAGCCUACAAACCGCAACCGGAAGACCUGUUCAUCGUGACUUACCCCAAAUGCGGUACCUCCUGGAUGCAGCAGAUAGUGUACAACAUCCUCAUGGAUGGCAACGUGCCCGACGACAAAACGGACGCCGUACUGCGCCUGCCAUUUCUCGAGAUCCAAGGAGCCGACGCCGCUGUUCACGCUCUCAAGCCCGGAGCGUUCAAGACCCACCUGCCCUUCUGGCUGCACCCUUACUCACCCGAUGCCAGGUACAUCUACGUUGCCAGGAACCCGUACGACUGCUGCGUGUCGUUCUAUCACCACACCAGGAACUUCCCUAUGUACUACUAUGAAAACGGGACGUUCGAUGACUUUCUCGACAAGUUUGUCAACGGUAAAGUGGACUUCGGUGACUACUUCGACCACCUCUUGUCGUGGUAUGAACAUCGCAAUGACGCUAACGUGCUCUUUGUCACUUUCGAAGACAUCAAGCAGGACACGAGAGCUUGGAUACUUCACGUGGCAGAGUUCAUGGGUGAUGCUUACGGAGCUAACCUUCGCGAAGACGCCGCCUUACUGGACAAGAUCGUGGAGGCCGUUUCUUUCGAAAACAUGAAGCGCCCUCUGAAUUCGAAGUACGAUGCCGACAAGACAAAACAUGACACGGUUGAGCAUAGCUCCAAUAAGGACCCGUCUUCAGAGGCAAAAGAGUGGCACCCGACGUUGCUGAAGAGCCUCGAGGCUUUCAAAACAUUCUUCGCCAAACCUAUGAAGGGAAACUUCGCGCGAAAGGGCAUCGUAGGCGACUGGAAAGAGCACUUUAGCGAUGAUCAUGUAACUAAGAUGAAGCUGUACAUCGCUUCGAAGACAGCUGGAACCGACGUGAUGAGCCUUUGGCCAGACAUUCCUGUCAACUAAUCUGAGCACCGUCGAAUAAAGUUAAGGUAGCCGGAAUGGUAGUGGCUUGCGCAGGAGCCAAUUUACGGCUCAACGUUGGUGCGGGAGAGGGACCGUCGUUAAAUAGUGGAAGCCGUUAGGGCACUUAAUAGUAGGUGUCGGCCACGUUAUUACAAAAGUAUGAUUGCAUAGCUGCUAAAUACACAAUUUUGCACUUUCAAUACUGAAUUCAUUGUUACACAAUAGGAGUCGUUCAGAGUUCGCAAGUAAAAAAUGUGCGUUCAUCGAAUAAUAAACUUAUUAAACCAGAAUCGUCAGAGAAAUGUUUUUCUGGGUGAAACCACAAUCCUGUCAGCUGUUGCACUCCUUUUUGCAACAUGACUGCUUGUUGGCCUAGUUGGUGCUUGCUAAAAGACAUGUUCUUGCUGCGAAA